CAGCGGCUGGUCGGCGGCAGCUCUGCGGGUGCGGGGGCGGCGAGCCGAGGACCGAGCGACCGCGGCCGGAGCGCGCCGGCCACCGCCCGCACCGCCCUUCCGCCCGCCCUCCGGACGGCCGCAGCCCUGCGGGUCUCCGCUCCGGACCCACCCCCGCCCCACCCCGCGCGCCUCUGCCGCCUCUUCCAGAGCCCCAGCUCGCUGAGCGGCCGCCGUUGCCGCUGCCGCCGGCGCCGCCACCGCGCCAGAUUCCGGCCGCGGCCACCCUCCGCCGUCCAGGGCCCCUCCGUCCCGGCCCCGGGACCCCGGCUCCCCGCCAGCCUCGGCCCCGGCCCCGGCACCAUGUCGGAGAAGAGCGUGGAGGCAGCGGCCGAGUUGAGCGCCAAGGACCUGAAGGAGAAGAAAGAGAAGGUGGAGGAGAAAGCCAGCCGGAAAGAGCGAAAGAAAGAAGUGGUGGAGGAGGAGGAGAACGGAGCUGAGGAGGAGGAAGAAGAAACUGCCGAGGAUGGAGAGGAGGAGGAUGAAGGGGAAGAAGAAGAUGAGGAAGAAGAAGAGGAGGAUGAUGAAGGGCCCGCGCUGAAAAGAGCUGCUGAAGAGGAGGAUGAAGCGGAUCCCAAGCGGCAGAAGACAGAAAAUGGGGCAUCGGCAUGAGCCCCCUGCCAAUGGGCUGGGGGUGGGAGGCCCCUCAGGGCCUGGAGGUGGGGGUGGGAACAGACAAGUGCACCCACUCUUCACCUGGCUGCCUGCUCUGGGCCCUGAACCAGAGCUGCCACCCUCCUCCUCCUCCCCAGCCUUCUCAUUUCUGCCUCUCCGUCACUGUCCCUCCAUCCUCACUGCCAUUGUUCCACCUCCUAACCUGCUCCUUCUGAGCUCCCCAGCUGGUCCCCAGUUGCUCCUUGCCCUCUCCCUGCUCUCUUCCUCCCUUCCCUGAGCCAAGCCCACCUCUCCGCCAUAGCCGCUCCUUCUUAACCUCUGCAUCCCAGCCUCAUGUCCUGCCCGUCCCUACCCUGCCUGAUCCCUGGGUCUCCCUCAGAUCCCCUUCUCAGACAGCGCCAGGCCGGGGUGGGGCCAGGGUUGGGGCCGAGCCCCACAGCUGCCCCCCUCCCCUCCCUUUUUGUAUAAUUUAAUAAAGAAACGGUCGCGCUUCUGUUUUUAACCUGUCUCCUGCUUUGGGG